CCACAAUUCUCUCUGCUCCCCUUCCAAAUCAUUCAAACACUGCAGUGAUAACGCCUGAUUCAUAGACGGGCAUUUUUCCCACAAAAACUUCAUUAACUGGAUUUGAAUUACGUAAAGCGGGAGGCAAUUUGCAACAAACUCGGAGCAGAAGACGUCAGAUCUUCCCCGCUAGGGACGACUUGAAAAAGACUGCCAGAGAAAAGAAAGAAAUAAAAACUUCCGUCAUCAUCUUUCUAUCUUCCACCUCCCUCAAGAGUUUUCUCUCUCUACAUGAAUGUAUUUACAGUGAUACGGAUUAGACAGCGAAAUCAUAGAUAGCCUUGGGGUUUUCACUAGUCUUUUCAAUCUAAGUAUUUCCUCUCCCUCAUCAGUAUCGAUAUACGUAUAACAGCCUUUGUGACGUUCAGAGUAUUGAAACAAGUAAGAAAAUGAGGAUACAGGAGAGUGACGGAGUAUCAGCGUCAAGGAAGCACCUGGUCUUUGCUUACUAUGUUACUGGCCAUGGUUUUGGCCACGCUACUCGUGUCGUUGAGGUCGUUCGGCACCUGAUUGCGGCGGGGCAUGACGUUCAUGUGGUCACGGGUGCACCUGACUUUGUCUUCACUUCCGAAAUCGAUUCUCCUCGACUUUUCAUUCGCAAAGUUCUUCUAGACUGCGGAGCUGUUCAGGCAGAUGCAUUGACUGUUGAUCGCCUUGCUUCUCUGGAGAAGUAUGUAGAGACAGCUGUGGUGCCUCGAACUUCUAUUUUGGAAGCAGAAAUAAACUGGCUGAACUCCAUCAAAGCUGACUUAGUGGUUUCUGAUGUCGUCUCAGUGGCUUGCCGUGCAGCAGCUGAUGCUGGCAUUCGCUCAGUUUGUGUCACCAAUUUCAGUUGGGACUUCAUCUAUGCUGAAUACGUAAUGGCUGCUGGGAAUCAUCAUCGGUCCAUAGUUUGGCAGAUAGCAGAAGAUUAUUCUCAUUGUGAGUUCCUCAUCCGUCUCCCAGGUUAUUGCCCAAUGCCUGCUUUCCGUGAUGUUAUUGAUAUACCACUUGUUGUGAGGAGGUUACACAAGUCCCGCAAUGAGGUUAGGAAGGAGCUUUCAAUUGGGGAUGAUGUGAAGCUGGUUAUUCUUAACUUUGGUGGACAGCCUUCGGGCUGGAAGCUGAAGGAAGAGUGCUUACCACUUGGUUGGCUGUGCCUGGUUUGUGGGGCUUCUGAUACUCAGGAGCUGCCACCUAAUUUCAUUAAGCUUGCAAAGGAUGCUUACACACCUGAUCUUAUAGCUGCAUCUGACUGUAUGCUGGGAAAAAUUGGUUACGGCACUGUCAGUGAAGCCCUGGCUUAUAAGACGCCGUUUGUCUUUGUCCGCAGAGACUAUUUCAAUGAAGAACCAUUCCUUAGAAAUAUGCUUGAGUAUUAUCAAUGUGGUGUUGAGAUGAUCAGGAGAGACUUGUUAAUGGGUCACUGGAAACCUUACCUUGAACGUGCAGUUAGUUUGAGACCGUGCUAUGAAGGUGGCAUCAAUGGUGGUGAGGUGGCAGGUCACAUCUUGCAGGAGACCGCUAUUGGAAGGAAUUGUGCAUCAGAUAAGUUUAGUGGAGCAAGAAGAUUACGGGAUGCCAUAGUUCUUGGAUAUCAACUACAAAGGGCUCCUGGAAGAGAUCUUAGCAUUCCUGAAUGGUAUGCAAAUGCUGAAAAUGAGCUUGGUCUAUGUACCGGAUCACCAACUGAUCAAACAAGUGAAAGCAACUCAUUGAUGAGUUCAUGCACUGAGGACUUUGAGAUUCUUCAUGGAGAUCUUCAAGGUCUUUCUGACACAAUGAGUUUUCUAAAGAGCUUGGCAGAAUUGGAUAGUAUAUAUGAUUCUGGAAAGAAUACCGAGAAGCGUCACAUGCGUGAGCGCAAGGCUGCUGCCGGCCUCUUUAAUUGGGAGGAAGAAAUUUUUGUGGCUAGAGCGCCUGGAAGAUUGGAUGUAAUGGGAGGCAUUGCUGAUUAUUCAGGAAGCCUUGUUUUGCAGAUGCCUAUAAGAGAAGCCUGCCAUGUAGCUGUACAAAGGAAUCAUCCAAGUAAGCAUAGGCUUUGGAAACAUGCCCAAGCUCGGCAACAGACAAAGGGACAGGGAUCAACACCUGUUCUACAAAUUGUAUCAUAUGGGUCAGAAUUGAGCAAUCGUGGUCCUACGUUCGACAUGGAUUUAUCUGAUUUUAUGGAUGGGGACAAGCCAAUAUCAUAUGAGAAGGCGAAGAAAUACUUUGCACAGGAUCCGUCUCAAAAGUGGGCGGCAUAUGUUGCAGGCACAAUUCUAGUUUUGAUGACAGAGCUAGGUGUACGCUUUAAUGAUAGUAUUAGCAUGUUGGUUUCUUCUGCCGUCCCAGAAGGCAAAGGUGUAUCUUCUUCUGCAUCUGUGGAGGUUGCAAGCAUGUUUGCUGCAGUUGCUGCUCAUGGUUUAAGUAUUGAUCCAAGAGAGAUUGCUUUGCUGUGCCAAAAGGUGGAGAAUCACAUUGUUGGAGCUCCAUGUGGUGUGAUGGACCAGAUGACUUCAGCUUGUGGAGAAGCAAACAAACUUCUUGCAAUGAUUUGCCAGCCGGCUGAGGUUGUUGGGCUUGUAGAAAUUCCUAACCAUAUCCGCUUUUGGGGAAUUGAUUCUGGAAUAAGGCACAGUGUUGGAGGUGCAGACUAUGGAUCUGUCAGAAUAGGAGCCUUCAUGGGCCGAAAGAUGAUAAAGUCUACAGCAUCUCUGAUUUUGUCUUCAUCAUUAUCUAGUGCUAAUGGAAUAAUUCCUGAUGAAUUGGAGGAUAAUAGUGUUGAACUCCUCGAAGCUGAAGCUUCCUUAGAUUGCUUGUGCAACUUGUCACCUCACAGGUAUGAAGCUGUUUAUGCCAAGAUGCUUCCUGACUCCAUGCUUGGAGAGGCAUUUUUGGAGAAAUAUGUUGAUCAUAAUGAUCCAGUCACAGUUAUUGAUAGCAAGCGUUCAUAUGGAGUGAGAGCAUCUGCUAGACAUCCUAUAUAUGAAAAUUUCCGGGUCAAGGCCUUUAAAGCACUGCUAACAUCUGCUAGUUCAGAAGAGCAGCUUACAGCCCUUGGAGAGCUACUUUAUCAGUGUCAUUACAGCUAUAGCGCUUGUGGGCUUGGCUCAGACGGGACGGAUCGGCUUGUACGGUUGGUACAGGAAAUGCAGCACACCAGAUCAUCUAGAUCUGAGGAUGGGACAUUUUAUGGAGCUAAAAUAACAGGUGGUGGGUCUGGUGGAACAGUCUGUGUGAUUGGCAGAAACUGUCUAAGGAGCAGCCAACAAAUUCUUGAGAUUCAGCAGAGAUACAAAGGUGCAACGGGCUAUUUGCCACUUAUUUUUGAGGGUUCAUCACCGGGUGCUGGAAAAUUUGGGCAUUUGAGAAUUUGCCGUCGGAUGUCUCUUAACCAAGUUAAGUAAUGUGUUCUCAUAUUUGAAGCUUCCACAGACUCACGUCUGCUGGAGAAUGUUAGGGAUAAAAAUUUGAGUGCUAAAUUAUGUACGGACAAUUCAAGUUCAAUAAAACGUUUUGAAAGAAUAGAAUUAUGCAUUUGCUUAUUUCAAUGACAAAACAGACCUGUAAACCACUAAAAAUUGAUGAUGGCACCCAAUUUCAACAUCCUCAGGAGCGAGCUGUUCCUUUAAAAAAAGAUAGUUUAGGCUGUUUGGUUUUAGUAAUUCUAAGUUGUUAUGUAAUCUGAUUUGCUAGAAAUAUAAAAGUUGCAUUUGUGUUUA